AUGUGUCUUUCAACCAGUGCUAUCGAUGCUAAACUUUAUUUGAAUCUUUUUUUUUUGAGAACGCAGUAUUUGAGGCAUGUGUCUUUUGUUGAUUGCCCUGGACAUGACACUCUCAUGGCUACGAUGCUUAAUGGAGCAGUAAUCAUGGAUGGAGCAUUGCUCCUGAUUGCUGCUAAUGAAAGUUGUCCUCAACCUCAAACUUCAGAGCAUUUGGUUGCUAUUGAAAUAAUGCAGCUCAAACAUUUAAUAAUUCUCCAGAAUAAGGUUGAUCUAGUUCAGGAAAAUGUAGCCAUCAAUCAACGUGAAGCAAUUAAGAAUUUUAUCCAGAAUACUGUUGCAGAUGGUGCACAUGUGAUCCCAGUUUCUGCUCAUUUGAAAUAUAAUAUUGACGUUCUGUGUGAAUAUAUUGUGAAAAAGAUCCCCAUUCCAAAGAGGAACUUCAUUUCACCUCCAAACAUGAUAGUUAUCCGGUCUUUUGAUGUUAAUAAACCUGGCUUUGAAGUUGAUGAAAUUAGAGGUGGUGUUGCUGGUGGAAGCAUUCUCAAGGUACACUGCUUUUUCUUCAGUUCAUUCUUUUGAUAAUCAUAUUC